CGCCGGGUCAGAGCGUUGAGAUCCGUUUCCGGGAGCGAUAUCGCCAGUUGCAGAGCGCGCGGGAAGAGCGGUUGCGACCAGAUCCAAUGAUGGUUGAACAAGAGGGCGCGGAUUGCAAGCCGAUGAUGGAUGAUGGAGGAGGAAGCCAGUCUUUUGAAGCAAUGUGUUCCCUCGGAAGCUCGGGAGAUUGGCUUAAUGUGAAGGAGGAACCUCAAGAGAAUUCAACCCAGCUAUGGGAAACACAGUGGCAACAGUACUUGAAUACAGUGGAGCUUCCUCUCUCGGGAGCCCCGCAGGAACCCACCCCAUGGGACGAUGCUCCGACCUUCCUGGCCUCCUUCGAGCAAGUGGCUGAAGCCUACCGGUGGCCCAAGGAAGAGUGGGCAGCCCGGCUCCUGCCUGCGCUGGGUGGCGAAGCCGAGCAGGCCUUUAAAAGCCUGGAGGGCCCAGACAGAGAGGAUUAUGGGAAGGUAAAGGCCGCCAUUUUGCAAGGAGACACCAUGAGCAGAGAGAAGCACCGCCAGCACUUCCGGUGUUUCAGCUACCAGGAGGCCGAAGGGCCCAGAGGGGCCUAUACUCGGCUGCAGGAGCUUUGCUACCGGUGGCUGAAAGUCGAGAGGCACUCCAAGGAGGAGAUUCUGGAGCUGCUGAUCCUGGAGCAGUUCCUGGCUGUCCUGCCGCCAGAGAUGCAGAGCUGGAUGAAGGAGCACUCCCUCGAGAGCAGCACCCAUGCCGUGUCCCUGGCCGAGGAUUUCCUCAUCAGGCACCUGGUGCCCGAGAGAAGAGAAGAGCAGGUGGCUGCGCUCCCAGAGGAAGGAUCUGUGAAUCUUCAGGAGACAGAGAGUGAAUCAUGGGAGGAUGACACUGACAUUGAUCUUGGGUCAGCGCAGGAAGAUGGAAGCGAGAAUUAUCUGCCUGAAGAGAAUGGGCAAGAGAACCAUCCACCUGAGAUGGGGCCAUGGGGUGUGUCGGCAGAGAAAGCAAAGGACAACAGUCCCCAGUAUUGGAAGGAGGGAGACAUCUUGGAGAAUAGUCACAGAGCGGAACGGCAGCAGGUGAUCUACCUGAGGAAAGAUGGGCAAAGAUCUGUUCUUUGUGAGAAGGUUGGCAGGGAAGCAAGUAUAACUGUGAUCUACCAGGGAACCAUCAAUGGCAAGCGAAGUGGGAAGGCCUCGCGCACUCGGGGAAAACUGCACAAAUGUUCCCACUGUGAGAAAACCUUUAGUUGCCCAACGCACCUGAGAAAACACCUGAUGCUGCAUUCGGCUGAGAAGCCCCUUAAAAAUCUUGGAAGAGACCACACUGGAGAGGAACCCUAUAAAUGCACAGAUUGCGGAGAGAGUUUCUCACAGAGCUCAUCUCUUGACAGCCACAGAAAGGAGGUGCAUCAGGAAAUGAAAUCUGCCACCCUGCGGAAAAAUGUAUUUGGUGGGCAGAAGGGAUACCACAUAUGCCCCGAGUGCGGGAAAACAUUCUUCAAGCCGUCACAGCUGAAAAUACAUAAACGUCUCCACACUGGAGAGAAACCCUAUCGGUGUAUGGAUUGCGGAGAGUGUUUCAUGUGGCAGUCAGGUUAUAUUCGCCAUGGGAAGGUGUGUCGCCAGCGAAAGAAAUUGACCCUCCCCCUGCCAAAAGAAUCUAGUGGACAAGGGAGAUCCUACCCGUGCCCUGAGAGUGCGAAAACGUUUGACAGGCCAUCGCGCCUAAUAAGACACCAAGUUGUUCACACUGGAGAGAAACCUUAUAAAUAUAAAAGUGCUGAUUGUGGGGUGUGCUUCACCCAAAGCCCAUCUCUUGACUGUCAUAGAAAACGGAUUCACCAGGGAAAGAGACUGGUCCCUCUUCUGAAAAAACUACCCAGCACGCGGCCCUCCCGAUGCUGUGAGUGUGGAAGAAGGUUCAGCAAGGCUUCGCACCUCAUAAGACAUUGCCUCCGCACUGGAGAGGGGAUCUACAAAUGCGCUGACUGUGGGGAGUGUUUCUCACGGAGCUCCUGUCUUGCCAGUCACAGAAAGGAGAUGCAUCAGGAAAUGAAAUCUUCCCCCCUCCAGAACAACGUAUCUGUUGGGCAGGAGAAAGGUCACCCAUGCCCGGAGUGCGGGAAAAUAUGCUCCCACUCAUCAGUGCUAAAAGCACAUCAACGGAUUCACACUGGAGAGAAACCCUAUCGGUGUACCGAUUGCGGGGAGCGUUUCAUGUGGGGUUCGUCUCUUUCCCGUCAUAGGCAGAAGGCUCACCAGGGACAGAAAGUGGUCCCCCUUUCGCACAAAGUAUCCAGCGGACAAAGGAAAUCAUGCCCGUGUCCCGAGUGUGGGCUAGAGUGCAGGUGGAUAUCGCAGCUAAUAAGACAUCAGCGCACCCACACUGGAGAGAAACCCUUCAAGUGCCCCGAUUGUGGAAAGUGUUUCAGAUGGAAUUCGUAUCUUGCUUGGCAUAGGAGAAACUGUCAUGGGGGAAUGAAAUUGGUCCCCGAUGUGCAAGGGGGGACCUCCCCACAACCUGAGCAUGGGCAAACAUUCAGCGAGACGUCCCACCUAAUGAGACGUCAAGAGAUCCACACCGAGAAGAGCCGCCACAGCUGCGCCGACUGCGGGAAAAGUUUUGGUCGAGCGUCGCACCUCAUGAGACACCAGAGAAUCCACACAGAGAAGCAGCACAAAUGCUCCGACUGCGGGAAAUGUUUUGGUCAAGAGUUGCACCUCGCAAGUCACCAGAGAAUCCACACAGGAGAGAAGAGGCACAAAUGCCCCGACUGCGGGAAAGGUUUUGAUCGAGUGUCACGCCUCGAAAGACACCAGAAAAUCUGGAUGGGAAAGAAGUUUUACAAAUGCUCCGAAUGUGAGGAGAGUUUUUUUUGCAGGGCCAGCCUUGCGAAACACAAGACGUCUCACUCUGAAUUGUAGGCCUUCGAGAGUGAGUCUGAGCAACUUAACAGGGGGGAUCACCACAGAAAAGGCCUCCCCCCCCCAUUGCUGACUUCCAAAUUUCCUGGCUCAUUUCGAUUUGUUUAGUUUAAUCAGACAAAAUGCCAACUUGUUUACUAGCCUAUUGGUAAAAAGACUGUAAUAUAGUUCCAAAAUGUAUUCAUUUAGACCUGGUAGGUUUUAUUAAGGACAGGUCGGUUUCUGACCCAAUCCACAAACGUUGAAUUUAGUCUGUUACAUAAAGUAACAUAAAAUUCCUUCUCUCUUUAGAGUAAGCUUUUGAUAACAAAUUUGUAACUUUCAAAGCAUCAAAAUACGAGAGGGAAAUUCUUAGGUGUGGUGCCUUGAUUAUAUGCUAACAAUGUGGUUAAGCAAAUUAUUGAAAAAUCAGCAAUGUUUUGGACUUUCCAGAGAACAACAAAAAAGUAACUCAUUUGACACCACUUUCAGUAAACAACAGUGUCAUAGGAGUGCUUAUCCCUAAAAACGUCUCAAAAUGAUUUUUUAAAUCCUUUUUUAAUAAAUGUUAAGUAAUGUUGGGAGUGGUGGUGGGAAUUUUUUUUCAGUAUGGCACGGCUAGGAAGAGUAGCUGCCAUAAAAUUGUUAGACCCAAAUUCAUAUCAAUUUAAAGUUCUGCUCACUGAAAUUCCGAAAGCUAAACUUGUGGCAGAAUUUUUUCAAUUUAUUUAUAUGGGGGGUGGGGGGGAGGGAAUCAAGAUUUACAGCCAAAGUUAUCUACAGCAUUUGUAAGGCCUUUCAGAAUUAUCAGUUGCGGUGAUGACGACAAAAAACAAUGGAUUGAAAUGGAAAAACAACUAAAUACCUUUAAACAAAAUUAGAGCAAAUUCAUUUAUCUCCACUAGAGAAUUUACGGCCCUUUCCUAAAAUGUACCUUUAAAUUUUGGAUUGAAAAACUGAAUGUGUGGACACUUAAUUCAUCCCAGGCAUUUAUCAUCCUCUCUUUUUAUAGCUCUUUUAAUUGUCAUCAAUUUGUCAGUUGGGAAAGGAACUAUACCUACCAGAAUAAAUACCUUCAUAAUGGAGUUCAAUUAAAAUCUGGCCAACAAUUAAAAAAAGAAAAUAUCAGGCACUCCUGGUAUAAUAUACACCAAAUUCUCCAUUUUGAGGAACCCCCCCCCCCCGCUAAUAUGGAAAUUAAUGAAUAUGGAAAUACUAAUUACACAGUGUAAGAAUCCAGUUUCCUAAGGGACCUAGUUUCCAAUACUUACAUAGGCUACCAAACUGUUAGAGUAGAAAAAACUUUUAGAUCCAAAAACUCACACCCCGUUUUCAUAUACAACUUUGUUAAAGAAAAGAGAGAGGGAAGGAGGAAGCCAAAUAAUUAGCUCACAUGCACAGCGCAAUAAACAUCAGUGCAUCCAUCUUAAUUUACACAUACAUUGAUAAUACGUGCUCUAAAUGUUCAAAUCAGUCACCAAACGAGGUUGGCGUACAUAGAGUUAGUGUUUCUGUGACUUUGAUUGGAGUUAACCUGCUUUGCAGCCACUGCAUAUGUUUCCCCCAGUAGAAUUUAUUCUUUGUAAAAUGCAUUUUCUGACGCACUCUUUAUUUGUCUGUUCUGCUCCUUAAGUUGCUGAUCUCCUACUUUACAAGCUUCCAAUAAAUAUUGAGAAACAAUA